GUAGAGUGAAACAGGAAGAAGCCGGUGCUGGCAAUAAUCAGUAGUUUGUAGUGGAACCGUCCGCCGGGAUCAUAAAAAUGGCCAGCUUUGGCGCUCUGCUCGUGGUCGUGGGUCUGAUGUGUCCCACCGCCGAAGCGCUGGACAACGGCCUGGCGCUGAAGCCCACCAUGGGCUGGCUGCACUGGGAGAGGUUCACCUGCAACACGGACUGUGACACAGACCCCAGGAACUGCAUCAGCGAGCAACUGUACAUGCAAAUGGCGGAUGUGAUGGUGAAGGAGGGAUGGAAAGAGGCCGGUUAUGAGUACGUCUGCAUUGAUGACUGCUGGCCCUCCCACAAGCGCGACGCUAAGGGCCGCCUGCAGGCCGACCCCAACAGAUUCCCAGGAGGCAUUAAGAAACUGGCCGACUAUAUCCAUUCUAAGGGUUUGAAACUAGGAAUUUAUGCAGAUGUCGGGAAAAAUACAUGCGCUGGAUACCCCGGCAGUCUGGGUUACUAUGAAACAGAUGCUCAGACGUUUGCAGACUGGGAUGUGGACCUGCUCAAGUUUGAUGGAUGCUUCAUGGAAAGGACCCUGAUUGCAGAAGGCUAUAUGAACAUGUCAAAGGCACUGAACAAAACUGGGAGAAGCAUCCUGUACUCCUGUGAGUGGCCUCUGUACGAAUGGGCCAUCAAACAGCCUAACUACACCGCCAUUCGGGAAUACUGUAAUCACUGGCGUAACUUCAACGACAUCUUUGACUCCUGGAGCUCCCUCAAGACCAUCUUGGAGUGGACUGCUUCCAAUCAGAAGAUCAUCGUACCUGCAGCUGGACCCGGGGGCUGGAAUGACCCCGACAUGCUCGUCAUCGGAAACUUUGGUCUGAGUCACGACCAGCAGCAGUCUCAAAUGGCAUUAUGGGCCAUCAUGGCGGCUCCCCUGCUCAUGUCCAAUGACCUGCGAGACAUUUGUCCUCGAUCCAAGGAGCUGCUGCAAAACCGCAUGAUCAUCGCCAUCAAUCAGGACCCACUGGGCCAGCAGGGAUACCACACCGCACGGCUCAUGGACUUUGACGUCUGGGAGAGACCUCUGUUUGGGAACCGCCUCGCCAUCGCCAUCAUGAACAGGCAGGAGCUCGGCGGGCCGCGGAGGUUUCCCAUCAGCGCUGUCCCCGGCUGGAAGAUCUGUGUCCCCCAAUGCAACGUCACCCAGAUCCUGCCCCAGUACAAGGAGCUGGGAGUCCAGUCUCACCAGAAAGAACUGGUUUUGAGCGUCAACCCUACAGGCACCACUUUGCUGACGGUCACGCCCCUCAGCAGUAACCUCAGGAAGCUGCACUGGAACAACACGGCAGUUCAAAAGGAGCACACCCUUCUCUAGACUGAGGACUUCUAAAAAUGAUUGUUUGCUCUUUUCUUUGUUGGCUUAUGUAUAAAUCUGUAACCCUUGUGCUAUCCUAGGCACUUUACCAUUGGGAGUUGGGUCAUCUAGACCCACUAGACAGUGCUCUGAACCUUUUUUCUUCAAUAAUUUGUGAUCUUCACUGGUGUCCAUGGAUUACAUGAAAUCUUUCCACCUUUAUCAUGGUAGGAAUAACACGUCAAAGGGUGGGGUCAUCUAAGAUAGCACAAGGGUUAAACACUCACUCCCAUAAACAGUUAUUUUUUAUUUUGGUUUUAACAUGUUUGCAAAAUUGGAAAUAUGCUGGGCGGCCAUAAGCUUCCUGCUCUGAGCUCUCAGAAAUGAGGGAGCGGGGUUGCUCCGUGCCAGUGGUCCCACCCACAACUUAAGAGGACUGACCUACUGCCGCUCUACAGAAACUAUGUCCUAAACUGACCGCUGGGAAUGCUUUUAGAAUAGAUUUAAAGAUGAUCGGAGUGGGACUUUAGAGAGAAUACUUUUAUAAAUGCUUUGGAUGCUGUGAUUGACACUUGAAAUUAAUGCUACAUUUUCAAUCAAUAAACCACAAGCUGUUUUCA